AUGGCGAAACGAGGAUUUACGGGACCUUGGCUGGUGGCGGGGGAUUUCAACUCCGUUCUUACUAAAGAGGAAACUUCUAAUUACUCUACCUUUUCCAUGCAAAGGAGUUCUGAGUUCGCAGAUUGGAUUAACUCGGAAGGUUUGAUUGACAUGGGCUUUAGUGGCUCUAAGCUUACGUGGGUCAAAGAUAGUCAAUUCGGAUAUGUGAAGGGGGCACGACUCGAUCGGGCUCUUUGUAAUAUCAGCUGGCGGAAUCAAUUCCCGAAGGCCUCUAUCGUUCACCUUCCUAGGGUCUCUUCGGAUCAUGCGCCUCUCCUAAUUCGCUUGAGGGCGAGGGAAGGGUCCACCGGCUGGUCUCACUUCCGUUUCCAAGCUGCAUGGUUGACGGAUGUGCGGUUGGGGGAGGUGGUUACCCGAUCUUGGCUUAAAACUCGUUCCCUUACAGAUAAUAUUCCCCAUGUUACUACCGCGCUUUCGGAUUGGAAUUCCAAUGUUUUCGGUAACAUCCAUCAACGUAAAAAAGUGGUUCUUGCUCGCCUAGGUGGGGUACAACGAAGACUUGAUCACUAUUACCAUGGGGGUCUGUCCAAACUCGAACGUAAGCUUAGUGCGGAAUAUCAAGAAAUUCUGUACCAAGAGGAGCUUUUGUGGUUCCAAAGGUCUAGAGAGGACUGGAUCGUUUUCGAGGACCGGAAUACGAAAUAUUAUCAUACGGCAGCGUCUAUUUGGCGAGCACGGAAUACGGUUGCUUGCCUCCGAAAUGAGGAUGGGGAGUGGAUUUCCGAGCAGGAUAGACUACAACACCAUGUUCGCUGUUAUUUUGUUAGUCUGUUUUCAAAUGAUUCUGAUGCGCAAGGCGUUGUUAAUUUAGAGGGCGCGUUCCCUUCGAUUUCUUAA